AUGGAUUCUAAAAGGCCGCGCGACGACAACUCGGAUGGCGAAGCUGGUUCAUCGGGCACGGCUGACGUUAUAAAUAAACAUAAACGUCGGAAAACAAAUCAAGCAGUUAAUCUCUGCCGAGAAUGCAAACAACUCGACAUCGACGGUCUCUUCCGUAAAGCUUUCGAAGACUUCCAAAGAGCCAGAAAAGGCUUAAUCAAGCGCCCUUCAGAACUAUACAGCGGGCGAAACGACGGUCCUUUAUUCUAUGGAGAUGCUUUCUUUGCUCAUUCGUUUGGCAGUCGUCUAUCGGCGAGAGCAACAUGCCCUCUGUGUCGCUUCUUUUGGUCCAUGAGAAUCCAACCGGAUAAGCGUCAUGCGAAAUACAAGCUUCUUGGGUUUUGCAGCAGCGAAAGUUGGAUAUUUGGCCUCUCCAAGUUGAAAAAGAGUCCAGCUUGGCACAAUACGCGAGAUACGGUAUGGAUGGGCGUCAUGCCAGAUGUUCCGUCUAUACCACAGUCUGGUCAUGGCGAUGGUUGGCUGGACAAAGACAUCCCGGCAGUUGGACAAAUCUACCUUUUGCAGCCUGAUGAGAACGAGGAGGAUAGUCCCGCAUUAUUGGAAGCGCGGCAUCUCAGUGACGCAGUCGAUUUCACUCUUGCACAGGAGUGGUUCUCGUUUUGCCGAAAGUGGCAUUUGAGCUCCUGCAGUCGUCCGAACAAGGGUGAUACCAUCACUCGAGGGUUUCGUGUAAUUGACUGCGAGAAGGAUCCGCCGGCGGUAGUGGAAAUGCCCUGGGGUGUUGAAUAUGCCGCACUCAGCUAUGUAUGGGGCCAGCGGCCGGAAGACUUGGUUGACUGGCCUGCAACAGUCUUCGAUGCCGUUGCGCUUGAUCCUAUGGAGAAAGACUAUCUCAUAUCCCGGAUGACCACAAUUUACGAAUAUGCUGAGCUCACUAUUGUAUCAGCUUCUGGGUCUGGAGCAAGCGAUGGCCUCCCUGGGGAGAGAGAUUCUGCCCAAAUACCCAAUGGACAACAUAUGGAGGACUAUCUUUUGGGAGGAAUAUUCAAGAGUGAAACGUCUGGUGGAGAUUUGGAGAUGGGCAGCCAUCAACGAGAUGUUAUACAGACAGAUGAAUACCGGCUUGAAUACGGAUUUCCUGUUCCAAACGAAGCCUCCACCGGGUCACAACUACGAUCGUUGAAUGACCAUAUCCGUGCUUUUUCGGCAAGAAAGCUAAGUCAUGGUGGAGAUUCACUCAAGGCUUUCCUUGGUAUCGCCGGUAUGUACAGAGACAAGAGACUUUGUAUAUAUCUUGGCAUUCCCAUGUGGAUGGACGAUAUCUUGGUCGACCUGACGGGCUCUUACAUUACAUUCGCCCUCUCAGUCUGCUCAUGGUACCAUCGCAGCGGUACAGAGCACCAAAUGUUCAUUUCAGAACCCUGUAUUCGCAGAACACAUCUGCCAUCCUGGACAUGGGCGGGAUGGCAAGGCACAGUAUCAUGGCGUGCUCCACCGUCCGACGAGCAUAGUGUCUUUAUGAGCGAUCUGAUCACUGCCGAGCCAUUACAGAUCCACUUGGUAUGGGCGACAGAUUUGUAUCUAAGGUCACCAUGCGAGCCAGUGUGCUUACGAUUACUGAACUUGUACUCUACAGAUGUACUAGAGGCAGAAGUUCCUACGCUGCUCGAAGUACGGAACCCCUUAGUAUUGAAGUAUUCGGAAAGGCACGAGGUCAAAGGAAGCUGGGAAUGGAGACGCCUAGCAGGCAGGGCGGGCGAAACACGCCGUUACCAGGCCGAACGACAAGAGUGGGAUAAGAAAUGGUACCGCAUCGCCGGCAGGCUCGCCUGUGUCAGCAUGUCCAUUUCAAUAACAGAAGAGGACUGGACUCGAAAGCACGAUACAGGCGAGCUCAUCAGUGUGCUCAUCUUUGCUGCUCAACGGCCCCGUACAGAGCAUGGCCGGGCAAGGUUUUUGACCCUGCAGAGGGUCGAGUCUGAUUCGUUUGAGACGAGGUGGGAGAGAGUUGGGACGCUGCAGCUUACCAUUCCGGAGGUUGACUUGGAUAAGUGCUUUACGAAUGAGGAGUUUCUGAGGAGGAUUCCGGUGAGAGAGUGGAGAGGUGCAAUUGUCAUCCAGUAG